GUCAACCUUUGUUCCAUUCUGCCAGAUCUUGCUUACUGAGCCCGCCUGCGCCAUUUCCUCCUGUCUUUUCUUAACCGAGGCCGUGCCGGCGGCGCCUUUACCAGUUUUAUUAAGGCAAGGGCCCAGCAGAAUCAUCCUGAAGAGAACAUUCAUAGUGCAAAGGAAUUUAUGUGCUGGAGAUCAAACAAGAGAAGGCAAUGAUGUGGACUGCUAUUGCUAAAAACUUGCUAAAGACCAAAGUCCAUCAAGACUAUUUCCAUAUUCUGUUUCAAUCACAGAAGGGCAAAAGCAUUCAUCAAAAGCAUUUCUCUCUGAGCAGGAGGUCUUGGCAACAUUCAGCUGGGACAGCACAGGCAGUUCAGCUUUUCAACACAACUGCACUCAUCCAGAACGUGGAAACUCUGAAUAUGAAUCAAUUUGUCUGUGUUCAUUGGGAAGAUGGGAAUCAGAGCCUUUAUCCUUCUGUGUGGUUGCGAGACAAUUGCCAGUGCCCUGACUGCUUUUUGCACUCUGCUAAGGCACGCAAAUUGCUGCUUGAAAAUCUAGAUGUCAGUAUUGUGGCAAAGGAUGUCACUUUGACAGAAUCAAAAAAGGUGUGCAUUAUAUGGCCAGACAACCACAUCAGUGAAUUUGAGGCUGAAUGGUUGAAGAAGAGAUGUUUUUCGGAGCAAGCAAGAGCAAAAAUACAAGAAGAAUUAUUUUUAACAGAACGUCAAUACUGGGGUUCUGAUCUUCAACUCCCAACUAUGUCUUUUGAAGAGGUUUUAUACUGUGAUGAAAGUGCAUACAAGUUGUUGGUCACCCUGAAAAAGGUGGGGAUUGUGCUGCUCACAGGAGCUGCUUGUAGACAGGGAGAGCUGCAUAAACUUGGACAACGGAUUGGUUUCCUUCGCCUCACAUUUUAUGGUCCCACGUGCAUACAAGACAAAAUGGAUGCCAACAAUGUGGCUUACACAACUGAAAAAGCUAAGUUUUCACUAAUUGAUUAUCCUGCUCUACAACAUCCACCUGGGAUUCAGUUCCUGCAUUGUAUAGAACAAACACCCACUGGAGGGGAGAGUGAUGUUGUAGAUGGAUUUCACGUAGCAAACAAGUUUAAGGAGCAGAAUCCUCAAGCAUUCCAAAUCUUGACCUCCACUCUUGUCAAUUUCACAGACACUGGUGCAGAUUACUGUGUUUUCUCUGUGCAUGCCAAACAAAGAAUAUUAGACACGGAUGACAAGGGCCAGGUAAUUCGUAUCAAUUUUAAUAAUGCAACCAGAGACUCAAUAUUGGACAUACCUGCUGAAAAAGUGAAGCCAUUUUAUGCUGCUCUCAAGGACUUUGUUAAUCUGCUAAAUAGUGUGGAGAAUAAGUAUACCUACAAAAUGAAACUUGGUGAAAUAGUAGUAUUUGACAACUGGCGUUUACUUCAUGGCCGACAGAGUUACCAAGCAGGAACAGAAAUAUCCCGUCACCUUGAAGGAGCCUAUGCAGAUUGGGAUGUGGUAAUGUCAAGACUACGGAUCCUGCAGAAGAAUGUCCUGAAUAGGAAGUAAUCUUUGGAGGCUGGACUACUAUGGAAUCAUGCCUCUGUGUAAGUGGGAGAAUACACCAAAUGGCCUAUUCUCAGAGGAUAAUGGCUCUUGUGUCUUUCCAGACUGCCUGAAGGAAGGUCCCAGUUCACAAAGCACUAUCUAGUUUUAAAGUAUGGAGACUGUCUCAAAAUAAAAAUAGUCAUAACAGUCAGCAAAUGGGCAUUGGAAGCAUAUUAUUUGAGUCUCGCAGCGACUCUAGCUGUUGUUAUGGCUUUCUUGGAAGUCAUUAACAAGCUACUCUGUGUUCUUCAACUGUACAUCUGAAUUUCUUCAGGGAGUUAGAAGAUGGUUCCAAGAUGGAUUCUACUUAUAUUUUUAUUUGGUGCAAAAGUGAUUGAUUCAAGCAUAAUGUGUCCAUUUCAGAAUAUCUAAGCAGUCACCAUCUUUUUACAUGUUUCCUUCCAUUUUCCUGUGUAUCAGAGAUGUUUUACUAUCAGGACAGAGAAUGUGAGUAAUUGAAAACAACAAAAUGAUGCUUAUCAAAAUUAUGACGAAAUGCCUAAAUGCGUCAUAUGUUUUAACUUGUAUUUAUAAGUUAUGUAUAACUUCCCUUCCAAAUUUUUAGUAAGUUUCCAUUGUGAUUGUCUGUCCAAAAUAAUGUGAGCAUUUGCAGCCUAGUAAUCUUUGGUCCAGAUUCAUUUAAAUAAAUGAGAUUUUAAUUCCCA